GAAUGCACAAGAAGUCUGUUGAAAUCACAAAGAAGUGUCCGAGCCCCCGGGAGGCCGAGUCCCCCCGAAACGAGACGUUCUGCGAGGAACGACGAGGAGGAGGUGAGGAGAAGGAGGAAGAGGAAGAGGAGGAAGAGGAGGAAGCCAUCGACCUAUCUAGCUCCUCGAAGCAGACGGAGGAGGGGGGGAGGAACGCUUCGUCGCCACAGCAACAGAGCGGCCAAUCAGACGAUCGCAGCUGA